ACGGCUUGGCUGGUUGGCUUCGCUUGUUACUGGCUCUGCCUUUGGAAACCGCGAAAUUUCCUGGUUGGAGGUGGCGGCUGACCAGAGUGGCUUGGUCUUAUUGGGCCCCUGAGGCUGUGAUAGGCGGACUGGUGCUGAGGUGUCUCUGAUAGCCUCCGCCAUGAAGAGGAGCUCUGGCCUUGGGGGCCAGAAGGCCCAGGGGCCCUCCGGCUCCUUCACCUGCUGGUGGUGUUGCAGGGGGGACGAUGUCGCCGAGCGCGAUGACAGCCCCUUCGCCCAGUGCGGGUACAAUAUCCGAGAGAAACACCUCGGCAAGCUCCACAGAGCUGCCAGCCGGGGUGAAGUCUCCAAGGUGGAGCGCAUCCUUUCGCGCGGGAACGCUAACUUGGAUGAGAGAGACAAGAAGAAAAGGACUGCUCUGCAUUUGGCCUGUGCCAAUGGCCAUCCAGAAGUGGUAGCUCUUCUGGUAGACAGAGGAUGUCAACUUGAUGUCUUUGACAACAAAAACAGGACAGCUCUGCUAAAGGCGGUACAAUGCCAGGAAAAGGACUGUGCGACUAUUUUACUAGAACACGGCGCCGACCCAGACUUUCCAGAUGUCUAUGGCAAUACUACCUUACACUAUGCCACCUACAAUGAGGAUAUCCCAAUGACAAAAAAACUGCUUUUACACCAUGCCAAUAUUGAAACAGCAAACAAGGAUGAACUCACACCAUUUUUGCUAGCUGUACAUGAAGAAAAACAGCAGAUGAUAGAAUUUUUAAGAAAGCAAAAAGAAAAUUUAACUGCAGUUAAGUUUGAAAGCAUUCAGCAAGUAAUGUUUGAAUACAAAGAAAACAAGACGCCUAGAAAUCCUCAAAAUAGCAAUCCAGUGGAUGAGAUUCCUGGAAAUCCUGUAAAAAGGCUUUUCAACAAACCAUCUAUUGACGACUCACGACCUAUGUCAGCUAAUGAAGACUUUGAUUUUGAUACUGAGAUUUCUCAUGAGCAUAAGAAGGAAAAAGAUCUGUUGCAUAAAAAUUGCAUGUUGCAGGAAGAAAUUGCCAGGCUAAGACUGGAAAUAGACACAGAGAAAAAUCGGAACCAGCAAAAGGAAAAUAAUUAUCUUGAGGAGAUUAAAAUUGUGAAAGAAAAGAAUGAUUUCCUUCAAAAUACUUUGAAGCUGAAAGAGGAAACAUUUGCAACAAUGAUAUUCCAGGACAGUAUACAGCCUGAAGUUUUGAAAGCUGAGAAUAAAAUGCUCAGUUUUAAAUUGGAGGAUAAAAACCAAAACCAGGAGAGCCUGGAAAGAGAAACUGAAUCAUAUCAUGAGAGACUGGAAAGAGAAACUGAAUCAUACCGUUGUAGACUGGUCGCUGCUAUACAAGACUAUGAUCAAAGUCAGGCAUCAAAAAGAGAUGUAGAACUUGAUUUCCAGAGAACAAGACAAGCGUGGUUUCAUUUAAAGGAAAAAAUGAAUUUUGAUAUGAGUAACCUAAAAGAUAAGAAUGAGCUGCUUUCUGAAAAACUUUCUAAUGCUGAAAAUAAAAUCAGAAGCCUCAAAAUGAAGUUGCACCAGACAAAAGAUGCUCUAAGGGAAAAGACAUUGGUUUUAGAAGAUGUCCAAAGAGAACUAACCCAAUCACAACGUCAGAGGAAAGAAAUUGAACAAAUGUUUCAGAAUGAAGAAGGCAAAGUGAGUAAAUACAUUCAAAAGCAAGAAUCUCUAGAGGAGAGAUUAUCUCAAAUACAAAACGAAAAUCUGUUACUUCGACAGGAACUGGAUGAGGCUCACAAGAAAGCUGACAAUAAAGAAGAGAUAAUUAAUAUCCAAGAGCAAUUUAAUGCUAUUUUGAAAGAUCAAGCUCAAGAGCAAAGUCUUCUACUAGAGCAGAAAAACAACUUAAUCAAUAAAUGCAAUUUCAUAGAAAAAAGAUUGUACAAAUAUGAAAAAGAGAAAGCAGAAAGAAAUGAAAUUGUGAGACAACUUCAACAAGAACUGGCUGAUACUGUAAAAAAACAACCUAUAUCAGAGCCUUCACUAGAGGCUACACGAUGUUAUGUUAAUUUAGAUGAAACACAGGACUCAAAGAGGAAAUCAGGUCAAAUCAGAAGUCAAGCUGAUCUUACAGAAGCAGUGGAAACUGCAUCUUCAAAAGGUCUACAUGUGGAUGCAGAGAUUGAAGUUCUUCAACAGGCAUUAUUAUAUAUGAAAACAAUGCAAGAGAAACGUGAAACACUACAGAAGGAUCAGGAGAAGUUGGAAGAAGAACUAGUAAACCUCAAAAGUCACAUGGAAAUGAAUGUGUUAGAACGUGGUGAAUUGGAACACCAUAAACGGGAGUUCGAAGAAAGAGCAAGGCAGGAGAUAGCAGAACAAUUAGCAACUGCUGGUCUACUUUUACAGAUACAGAAAAUAGCUGAUGUCAAGUUACAGUUGUUAACAGAGGAAAGGAAGUCUACUAAGAAAAGUCAGAUGGAACUUAGAAUUAAAGAGCUGGAAUUCAAACUCUACAAAGCAAAAACUUCACAAGCAGACGGUAAUACAACAGAAUUGGAAAAAUAUAAGGAGCUGUAUCUAGAAGAAUUAAAACUUAGAGAAUCUUUGUCAGAUGAACUAAACAAACGUAAAGAAAUUCUAGCAGAUGUCAGUAGCAAACUUCUUCAAGAAAAAGAGUGGAGCGGAUCUUUAUUUACUUCUCAUACUACAAGGCCAGUCCUAGAGUCAGCAUGCAAUGGAAAUCUUAAUGAACAUUUAGGUCUCAACAGAAUACAUAUUCCAAGAGAAAACUUAAGAAUUCCUACCUUAAGCUCAUUGUCUUCAAAUACCAGAAUGGAGAGCGACUUGUCAAAGAAGACAAGAACCGAGGACACUUUCUGGGAACUCCAGGCUUGGCAACAUCUCUUGAUGUUGUGACUCGCAUCCUGUUGUGAGCAGUUAUGGUGCCAGGGAUAGGUGGCACCACUAGGUGGAUCCACUACUCCAAGGUAAAGCUGUACUCAUCUCUGGCAGAGGAAGUCGUAAAGGUCCCAUUGGACACCUGGACCACUGAGCCCCUCCAGGGUCUCAAACUCCUCUUCAAGCAAAGCCAAAAGAAUAAAGAUAAGUAAAUUAAUAAUGCUUCGGAUUGUUAUACCAUGAAUCAUAAUACUCCUUGUAGGUUUACUAAUAUGUCUUUGCUACUGUGAACCAAUACCACCCCCCAAUCACUGCCAGGAAAAGGUCUGUUCUGCCCUACCUGGAUUUAAAUCUCAAAGCCAUAAUCUGGGUGGUGUUCUCUCUAAUACUCACUGAGUUAACAGCUUCUUUUUCCAUAAUCAACAGACAUCUUGAUUUGGCUCUAAUCUGUUCUUGUUGGGACCAUGCAGCCACAUGCUCUAUGCUCACUAAUGCUUCUAGCUAAAGUCACCCUCAUAGGCGCCAACAGCCCACAACUAUAUAAAAAAAAAAAAAAUCUACAAGCAGCUCAACAACUACUGAAGUUCACCAAAUCUUCCUAUCCCUCAACAUAUGGGCUACGCAUGAAUUAUUUCUAUCCAGGGCAGGAACAGCCUACCCAGCCACGAUACAAGAAUAGGCAACUUCUCAAGCCCAAUUUAGCUUCACCUAUCACUGGGGCUUCUCUAUACAAAACCUUCCCAGAGAUGCAUACAGUACCUAACACAAGCAAAGGGGACUUUCAGGCUUUUCUUAAACCCACUUGCACUAUUUUAGGCCCCUUGUUUUCCCCCAUCACCAUCAGUCAGGUACCCCUAGGCAUCACUAGUGCCACAGAUUCUGGAACUUUGGUGGGUUCUCUCAACCCUGCACACUGCAACACAACCAUCACCAUUGUCAAUACCUCUCAUACUUCUUUUUGUCUAGAAACUGAAAUCUCCCAAUACUAAGUAAGGUUCUCUACCUUACCAAGCCAGUAGGGGUCAUGCAAAAAUUUCAAAUCUUUAACUCCCUUUGGAGGCUCUUCUUGACAUUACUAGACACAUGCUCUUCUGGGAAAAUAAGAACCAUCCUCCUAUUCAAACUACUUACUCAUGUCUGGCUCCCCCAGCAGCUGCAACUUCAGUGACAGAUAUCACAUCUUGCGUAGCCAACAAGGAUAUUGGUAAUGUUUGGAAUUGACCUUGCCUCCUUCCAUAUCCAUUCUUGUCUACCUAUGACAGAACUUUGUUUUCUAUGUGGGACACAGGCCCACCUUUGCCUCUCUGCAAACUGGACCAGAACACGCAUGCUGGCUUACCUCACCCCUAGCAUCUCAUUGCCCCAGGUGAUGCUUCUCUGCCCUUGCUCUUAUUUAUAACCUCACCCUGGGGCCCACCAAGCAAUUCAAUUAAUUCCCUUUCUCAUUGGGCUUGGCAUCACCACAGGUGCCAUGAUGGGAAUAGCCAGCAUUGGCACUUACUUCUGAACCUACCACAGCCUGUCUCUGGAAUUGGCUCAAGAGAUAGAAACAACUGCUUGCUAUAACAGUUACAGUGGCAAGUCAGUUCUCUCCCAGCUAUAGUUCUCAAACAUGGUAGAGGCCUUGACAUGCUGGCUGCAGCUCAGGGAGGAACUUGGCUGUGCUUGGAGAAGAGUGCUGAUCUGGGUUAAGAGAUCAGGGCAGGCUCAGGAGCACAUUUGAGAUCUCAUAAACUAGUCUUCUCACCUUUGGGAAGAGGCUACUGGAGUGUCACCUGGUUCUGAUUCUCAUGGCUCCUCCCCUUCCUAGGACCCCUGACCUCUAUCUUCCUUCUUCUCUUUUCUGGGCCUUGCUUCUUGAAUCUAUUAAGUUUAUUUCAUCCCAUCUAGAAGCCGUCAGACUUCAAAUGGUCUUGUGACAAGGAUAUCAACCUCUUUCCUGCCCCUGAGGACAACCAAGUUUCUGUAUGUCUCCUCUGGACACUGUGGGUCAAACCUUUUGAGAGACAACAACAACCUCUGAAACCUUCUUGUCAUGACAGCAAGCAAGGAGGAGGGACCAGAAGACCCUCGACGCCCUUUUUCAGCAGGAAUUAGCUACAGAAGAAUGACCUCCACCCCAUUUCCCAGAAGAUUUCUGGGUCCCAACUCCUUAAGGGAUAAACGUAAAAGGAGGCAGUUAGUCAGAUAUUAGCAGGCAGGAGGGGAGGUACCCAUGUUGGAAGGAACAGCCCAGAACACCUCUUAAGAUGCCCAGUACUCACUCUAUGGUCAAACUGUCAAAAUAUGGUUAACUAGAUCCUGACAAGGGAGAAAAAAGGCAAAAGCAGAAUUCUUGAGAGCCACACAGGUGCAAUGAGUACAAAUUUGAUGGCUAUAUGACCUUCCCGGGUGGCAGUAAUGAGCAAUGUCCCCAUCAGGUGGGAUUUAUAUUGAUCACUGCGUCCAGUGCACGUACAUUAACCACAGUAAGGGAUGAUCCCUCCAAGCCUUGGUGAGAACUGGGCAAGGAAAGAAGCAAGACCGUAGAAUAUCAAAUGCAGAAUGUCCCGGGGCUGUUUCCAGCAGGGUCAGCCCACUCCUCUAUUGGAGUGUACUUUUACUGCCCCAAUAAAACUUUUACCUGCUUUACUAA